GUACCCAAUUGGAAUUCAGUGCGUCUUACGUCACAGGAGGAGCGCUGGACGUGGGGCUACGUGCGCGCUAGGCUGCAUGGGGCGCAGUGUGGUUGCUCUUUUCAUUUCAUUUCAUUUCAUUUAUUGUUUAGCUAUUAUUGCGUUUGUUCUUGAAUGCAGUCUGAUCUUUAUAAGGACUUAUUCAUGGUGAGAAAAAUCAAAUUGGACCGUGUGACCCGUGGAAACUGUUGGUGAAUAGCUGGUGCAAGCUGCUAGCCACUUUAGCUGUAUGGCAACACUCAAACAUAACAAUUAACUUACUUGUUGAAUUGUUGACAUUCCUCCCUGCAACUCUGUCGUUUUUUGUAGGUCAUAAUGUAUUAACCCGUGUUUAUGACAAAUGGUGAAAGACUUGAUCUUUCAGACUACGUGACCUUCGCCAGGUUUUGUGCCGAUCAUUUUGUUUUGUUUUUUCGGAUGCUGUGUAGGAUAGGAUGAUACGCGCAUGCUCAAUUUAAUGAUUAAAAUUACAGACUGAGUAAUUUAUGUUUGCACUUUUGGUGCUGAGAAUGCCUCGGCGCUCAUUCGUCAACUUUGUAUACACUGGACACCGUGCCUAUGCCCAGCUGUCCGGAGUCUUGCGUCGUAAGCUUCACACUUCGUCAUUAAACCCAUCGUCCCAACCAAGAACUGGAUUUAAACCUGAAAAAGUGGCCGUGGUAACGAAGACAACACGCUAUGAAUUUGAGCAGCAGAGGUAUAGAUAUGCUGGGCUAUCAGAGGAGGAUCUGAAGCAGCUGCUUGCUCUGAAGGGCUCCAGCUACAGUGGCCUUCUGGAAAGACACAACAUCCACACCAACAAUGUUGAGCACGUUGUCAAGAGUUUGAGGAAAGAGGGUAUUGAAGUUAGAGUGGUAAAGAGAGGAGAAUAUAAUGAAGAGGUGGUGCGAUGGGCAGAUGCAAUCAUAUCAGCUGGAGGUGACGGGACAAUGCUACUUGUUGCCAGUAAGGUUUUGAGCAAGGAUAAACCAGUUGUUGGAGUUAAUACAGACCCCGAGAGGUCAGAAGGUCACCUGUGUUUGCCAGUUCGCUAUACUCAUGCCUUUCCCGAGGCCCUGCAGAAACUGUUUCGGGGCGAUUUCAGAUGGCUGUGGCGGCAAAGAAUUCGACUUCAUCUUGAGGGCACAGGCAUCAAUCCAACACCUGUAGAUCUACAUGAACAGCAGCUGAGCUUGGAGCAGCACAGCCAGGCUCACCGCAACACAACAUCUGAUGGCCAAAGUGGGACAGGGGCAAUACCUGAGAGCUUCUCACAGCCAUGCCUCCUUCCAGUCAGAAGCCUCAAUGAAAUCUUUAUUGGAGAGUCUCUCUCCUCCAGGGUGAAGUUAAAACGUCAUGUUAAACUCUUGCUCCAUAGGGCUUCCUACUAUGAGAUCUCAGUGGACGAUGGACCUUGGGAGAAGCAGAAGAGUUCAGGCCUCAGCGUCUGCACAGGCACUGGCUCUAAAGCUUGGUCAUACAACAUUAACAAGUUGGCCGAACAAGCUGUGGAGGAAGUUUUGAAAAUUGGAAAGGCACAAGCUCAUCUGGAAUACCACCUAAAUCAUGAAAUUAUUGAAAAAGUUACUGAAGCCUACAAUGAGUCUCUGGUGUUUAGCCCUGAAGAUAGGCAGUUGUUGUUCAGCAUCAGAGAGCCCAUCGUGAACAGAGUUUUCUCCAGCAGUCGACAAAGGGGCUUUGCCAGCAAAGUUUGUGUUCGCUCUCGUUGCUGGGAUGCGUGCAUGGUGGUUGAUGGCGGGACUUCUUUCGAGUUUAACGAUGGUGCCAUUGCUACCAUAAGUUUGAGUGAUGAGGAUCAGCUCCGGACUGUACUUUUGGAAAACUAAAGCAUUACUAUAGAACUUUUAACUAGUUUUUGCCUCUUCACGGAUUUUCAUCUACAACAAACACAAGAUUAUUUGACAAUCAUGUGAUUUAGUUGAACUUGCACAAUACAGAAAAAACAUGGUCUGCUGAUUAAAGAAUGAGUGUGGAUAAGAGCAUUAUUAAAGUUUUUUCCAAUUAUUUUCCAUGAAAGUAAUUUGCCAAAAACAGUUUAUUUAAAAGUGGAUUGUUGCGAAGUUUUCAAUAUUUUUAGUGUGCAGAUGGAAUGUUUGUGGAAAAGUAUUAAUACUAACUAGACAUAAUUUCUUUUGUUGGCUCUAUUUUUUUUAACAUUAGCCAUGUUGGUGGAAGAAAAUGCUGGAGAAAUUUAUUGUGCAAAUUUGACCUUGAUGCAUUAAGUUGCUUCAACAGGCAAUAACCUUUUUAAAAUUGUAAGUUUUGACUGUGCUGGAUGUUUGGUAAUUUUCAUGAAGACAAUAAAAAUGUAGGCAUUUAGUAUAUGAAAAUACAUUUUAACCAUCACCUU